AUGAGCUUCAGCCUCGAACAUGUUCUCGGCUUCAAAGUCAAGGUCACCAAUGUUCUCGACACGGUGACCGUGGGCCGUAUUUAUUCUUACAACUCUUCGAAUAACACCAUGACGCUUCGAGAGGCGAAAAAAGGAUCCAGCGCAUUGGAGCAGUUUAAAAUCAUCAAGCUAAGCUUUGUAAAAAGUCUGGAGGUAAUAGGAGAAAAACCGCAGAAAAAUAGCUUCAGAAAGGAUCCAAUAAGGCCAUCUGAGGUGGCCAUCGAAACCGUUCAGGCAACUCUGCAAAAACGAAUCGAAAGAGCUCGACAAAGUCGAAGCUGA